AUUCAGUAUAAGGCCACAUCGUGCGGGGACGAACCACCGCUGAACCAGGGAUAGGUCGUAAAUAUGGAAUAAGAAGGCAAGGCGGUGUCCAACACCACUGGUACCAUCAUAACCAUAGUGGCCCAGUGGCCGCCUCGCCGAGGCCGAGCCGAGGUAGUCGCCACUCGGAAGGACGGCAACAUUUUGGCAUCGAGGCCGAGCUUUGCGUCGUGUAGACUGUUGAGUGUGGUGGUGUGGGCGCCUGAUGAGUUGAGAUAGGGUGCACGGCGUCUGCUGGAACGUGUGAGUGGAAGUGGCGAGGUAGUGUAGGAGGCAGCAGGGACGUACCUGGUGCCAGUUAGCCAGCCUACAAGCACAGCAUAACACCGCCCACUGUCACCCUGUGACCUCUCUGUAGUGUGUGGCACUCACGCACACUCGGCCUUUGCCCUUGACCCUACAGGGUGCAGGUGUCAGGGUGUGAGUGGCAGCACAAUAGGGAGUACAGGGUGAAUGUCAGGAUCACUCCAGGAUGGAUAAUUCAGAAGUAAAUAAGACAUCAGAUGAAAUUAUAAAUGAGCUCUUUUGUUCAUUAAAUGUCCCACUGUCACCCAAGGUAGUAGAAGUGGAGGAAAGAUUAACAAGCAAGACUGAACAGCUGAGUGCACACACCGGAGACUCCGAAAACAGUGGGGAUGACGAGAGUGAUUCAAAGUCCAGUGAAAGUGAAGGAGAGACCAAGGUUAUGGGAGGAGACAUGCAAGGUAACAGAGUUGAAAAACUGAAAUCCCAGAAGAAAAAGAAAGACAAAAGGAAAAAGAAAAAGAAACACAGAAAAAAAGAAGAUGGGGGAAGACAUAAGCACAAGAAGAAAAAGAAAAAAGAAAAUUUUGAAACAGCAGAAGAAGCUAAGCUGGCUGGAGACAUAUUGCAAGAUGUCAAAUUGAAAAAUCAGGCAGUGAUUCAGAAAAUAAUGAUUCUUGAGGAAGUGACAUCCGGCACUGUGAAUGAUGGAGAACAUGAAGAGAAAAAGUCAAGAUCUAAAAGUCCUCAUUUGUUAGAUACACAGAUAGAAGUUGAUGGAGUAGACAACAAAAAGAAGUCAGAACAAGAAUCACAGAACCCUUGUGAUGAAGUCCUGGUGUCAGACAGGGAAGGAGCCACCAGCUUGCCUGUGGUGUCAUGUGAAGAUAGAGGUUAUUUUCCUGCAGGUGCUUCCAAGUCAGAUAUACAGCCAUGUCUCACACAUGAGAGAAGUCCAGGGGCAGAAUGUGUGAGUAGGUCAUCACAAGUCAGUCCUGCAGCCACAGGUGAGCACAAAAGAAAACACUCCCCACAUUCCUGCUCCCCAUCACCUGUGAAGAAACAGAAAUCCUACAGCUCAGUGUCACCACCAGAGUCCUCGUCCCCCAAAGCUGUGUGCAGACUCAGGUCACCAAGCUCUACAGAAAGGUCAAGAUCAAGAUCACUCAAAGACACCAAGUCAAGCAGAACAAAAUCAAGGUCACCAUUAGUGAAGCAGUCAGCAGAAGACAGGGCUGGGUCAAAGUCUAGGAGGUCCAGGUCACAGUCCAGCAAGAGAUCAGAGUCCAAGAAAAGGUCAGGCUCAAGGAAAAGGUCCCCGUCAAAAUCAAGGAAGAAAAUGGAAUCAAAGUUAAAGAAAAGAUCUAGAUCUAGAUCCAGAAAGAGGUCAAGAUCAAGAAAGUCAAGGUCACGAUCAAGAAGAUCUAGGUCACGAUCUAGGAGGUCAAGGUCAAGAUCUAGGAGAAAAGCAAGAUCUAGGUCAAAAUCCAGGAGAGGAUCAAACUCUAGGCAGAGAUCAAGGUCAAAGUCAAAGAUGAGGUCAAGAUCUAAAUCAAAAUCUAGGAGAAGGUCAAGGUCAAAGUCCAGUAAAAGGUCAGAGUCAAAGUCUGGGAGGAAGUCUGCAUCCAAGUCCAACAGGUCAAAAUCUAGGGAAAGGUCAAGGUCCAGGUCAAGGAGAACGUCAGGAUUAAGAGGCGUAAGAUCAAGGUCAGGAUCAAGGUCACAGUCAAGGCAGAGGUCAAGCUCUAAGUGUGGCAAGCGAUCCCAGUCGAGGUUGAGAAGAAGGUCCCGGUCCAGGUCCAAGUCUCGCAGGUCAAGGUCGAGAGGCUCACAGUCUUACAGAAGGUCAAGAUCCAGGUCAAGUCACAAGAGCUCCCCGGCCAAAGAGAGGUUCGACAUGUUUGCUGUGAUGAGGGAGAGAGCCAACAGACUUGCUGAGCUGAAGAACCAAGGCAUCCCUGAUGGCUCCCUGGGCAGCCUUCUAUUGUCUGCAGCUGCCAGUGUGCAGUCCAGUGGCAGUGGCAUCCCUCAGUCUGUGCCCGCCUCAGACCCCAGCUCCAUACCUCUCCCCCAAAAAGGUUUGCUCCAUGAUGACUCUUCACCUAAAGAUGAACCUAUGGCAGAAAGCAUUACCACCAUGGAGGAAGAGAAGCCUGCAGGUGUCACUGAGGAGGCUGUCACCCUGCUGUCCCCGGAGCAGGACGCCAGUAAAAUGAAAGAUGGGAACAAGAGCAAGCAAGAGGAAGGGAAUGAAAAAGGCAAGAUGAAAACCGUAAUCACAAUCAAGAGCUUGAAGGACAGCCUAGUUUUCCAGCAGGCACAAGAGGAGGCUGAGAGGAAAGCAAAGGAAAAGGUUGAUCAGCCAGCAGGCAAUGAGGCCAGCAAUGCAGCAGACAGCAAGUGGUGGGAAAAGCAGAGAAGCACAGAUAGACACCACAAAGAUGAGGCAACAACAGAUGAAGAGGAAUACCAUGGCAGAAGAGACAGAACAGAAAGUGAAGAAAAUAUUAAGAAAAACAAGAAAGAGGAAAAGGAGAAAGGGAAUGAUAAGAAGGAAGGGGAGCAAGGUGAAGAGGGAGAGUAUUGCUUGAAAGAAACACACAUUGAGACAGAGGUUUUCAAACAACAAGUUGAAAUAGAAGGCAGAGAGACUGAGAAAAAUAUGCACACUGAAAAGACUAAAGCAAAUACAGAGGAAACAGACAUAGAAGCAAAAAUUACCUCAAAGAAAAUUACCAUGACUAAGACCAGAGAGAGAGAGGAGGAAAAGGAAGGCAAGCACUCCAGUAAGACAGAGAAAGAGGAAAGGAAAGCAAGUAAGCAGUCAGAUAAAGUCAAAGAGGGUGAGGAGCAUGAUGGAAAUGAGCAUAUUGAACUGGAAGGUGAAGACAAAGGAAGCAAGCAAUCCAGUAAAACAGAGGAAGAAGAUGGUAAGAAAAUUAAACCCUCAAGCAAAACAGAUAAGGUAGAGGGGAGCAAGGGAAACAAACUUGUGAAUAAAGUAAUGGAGGAGAAGGAGGAAGAGGAGGAGGACAAAGUAAAUAAACACUCCAAUAGAACAGAAAGGAAAGAGGAGAAAGUCACUGCAAACUAUUCAUUUAGUAAAGGAAAGGAGGAGGAAAGAGUAAACAAGCAGUUAAGUAAAACAGAAGAAAAGGAAGAAGGAAUAUUGAGCAAACUAUUAAGCAGGAUGGAAGAGGAUAAAAGUAAAGGAAGCAAGUCAUCCAGUAAGGCACAAGAGAGAGAGGAAGGAAUGAAGAGUAGACAUUUAAGUAAAACAGAAGACAGGGAGGACAGUAAAUUGAUUAAGGACUUGAGUGGCAAGAAUGGUCACCCCCAGCCAGAGGAGGACCCAGCAGACAAAAUAGAAGAAGGUGAAAUAACUAGUGACAAGGAAGAAGAGGAGGCUAAACUACCAAGCAAACCUCACAGCAAGAAGUCAAAGAAAGAUAAAUAUAGUGGCAAAGAAAAGAAGCGAUCACAUAAAGACAAGAGCAAGAACAAGGAAGAGAAAAAGAAGGCACAUGACAAGAAGAAAGAACAGGAGAAGGCAAGAUCCAAAGAGACACACAAGUCCAGGCAGCACUCCAGUUCAGGCACCAAGGAGCACUCCCACGGCCGGCGCCAUAGGAAGCAUUCUCACUCUAGAUCUCGCUCACGCUCCCGCUCACGCUCCAGAGACCACUCCAGCAGGCAGCACCGCCGGAGCCACUCAAGGUCCAGGUCCAAGUCUCGCUCCAAAAGACGCCGUGAGUCCACUUCUGACCUCAGGGACAAGGUAACCAGGAAGAGGUUGCUGGAAAUUGCUCGUCGGAAUGCGGUGUACCUGAUGCAGAAUGGAUGUCUUCCCCCAAGUGUGGAGAAGGAACAGCUGGUCAAGAUCAAGGCGGGAGGCAAGAGUGUUGACGAGCUCACAGAUUUUUGCAAGCAGCUAGUAGCCAGUGGUAACUAUAGUGAUGUUGAUGUGAGUGAGCCAUCCAUGAGUUCAGAGGAAGAGAACAGUUCAGAGAAGCCCUUCAGCAGUACUCGUCACCCCUUCAGUGUGCGGGACAGCAAGCCCAUCUUGAUGAAUAUUAGGAAUGCUCCAAUGCUGCCAACCAAGACCAAUGCAGAGAGACUGGCAGGUCAGGCCAAGCUUCGGGAGCAGUUUCCAGUGUCCAGUGGGUCACAACACCGCACCAAAGAGAGCGAGUGGGUUCCUGUCACCCCAAAGGAAAAGAAGGAAGAGGACAAGGUGUUCACCAAGCCUGAAGCUCCGUCUGUGGACAUAUCUCAGAUUGUUUCAACAAGACUCAGUGCCAUGAGGAAACUCCAAGAUAAUCCAAAUGACAGUGAGGCAAUUAAGACCCUGAACAAUGUGCAGAAAGAGAUGCAGAACUGGGCACUCAGUAAGCAGGAGCCAGGUCAGUUUACAGGAACAACAGGCGUCAAGGUUCUGUCUCAAGAAGAACUGUCUUCAGGUCACCAGGCCUGGGCCAGGAAGGAACAGUUCAAAGAAGCUGCACCUGUGAGGCCUCAUUUUGGAUUGAAGAUGCUGCAGAAGAUGGGCUGGUCUCCUGGAGAGGGGCUGGGCAAGAACAAAGAAGGCACCACUGAACCUCUCCUCCUGGAUGUCAAGAUGGACAAAAAAGGAUUUCAUGCACAAGAAGAAGUAACACCAAAGAAGCAGCCAAUACCGCUUGUGAAGGAUCUGUCUGGUAAACACCCAGUGUCAGCCCUGGUUGAGUUGUGUUCAAAGCGCAAGUGGUCACCACCUGACUUUGAAAUGGUGUUCGAUUGUGGACCAGACCACAAAAAGAAUUUUCUAAUGAAGAUUACAGGAACCGCUAUGUAUGAAUGGCUCAUGUCCCUAGCCGUGACCUUGUGGCCCUUCUUACUGCAGGUGCUGGCCGGGGGAGGGUUCUACCCACAGCCCAGCUUGCCAUACUAUGGGCCAUGCACACCAACAGCUCAAGUGUCAGAGGUGUGGCAGGACGCAGUACAACAACAGCCAUCUACCUACGGCUUGGAGAGGCACACCGGGGAGCAUGAACUGAGAGGCGCGGGGUUGGAGGGGUACUGUGAGGCUGCUGUUACUUCUACCAACUCUUAUACUGAUACAUUAACGAUGAAUAGAAAAAAGCGAUGGGCCCCCAGAUACAGAUCUUAUUAUGAUGACAGUUAUGAAAAGCUUCGAAGACAGUUUCCAGUCUCCAGUGGCUCAGAACACCGAGCCAUAGAGGGUCCACAAGCACCACCAGCUCACCUGAAGCUGAAGUUAGAUGAAGACUGGGACCAUGACACAACCUCACAGGGAAGGGAUCCUAUACCCACGAGACCUAGGUUUGGACUCAAGAUGCUGCAGAAGAUGGGCUGGUCCCCAGGAGAGGGGCUAGGCAAGAACAAGGAAGGGACCCUUGAACCUCUUGUUCCCGAUGGCUUGUUCUAUAGUCAACCAGAGCAACUUCCCAAGAAGCAGCCUGUGUCUCUAGUAGAGGACUUAUCAGGCAAACACCCAGUGAUGGCGCUGACCGAGCUGUGCACCAAGUUUGGCUGGUCGGCUGCCAAGUUUGAGGUUGUGGAUAAUUCUGGUCCAGACCACAAGAAGAAUUUCUUGAUGAAGGUCAUAGUGAAUGGGCAAGAAUUCCAGCCACCCUCAGCAGCACCAAGCAAAAAACAGGCCAAGGCUGAUGCAGCAGCACUCUUCCUGGAGUCCAUUGGUCUGUACAAGGGGCCCAAGACAUCACAGUGACCCCACCUGACUCGGUGCUGCUGACAUAUUGAUAAUUUAGUGUUCUAGGAUACUUCUGUAUUUUGUGAAAGCACACAUCGUGGUGUGCUGACCUGACAAAAGCCACUCUGGCUUACACUGAGGGGAAGACGAGCAGAGCACCAGACUUGGCACAGAUUAGGUCCCUUCACAUCUUCCUGGAGUGGAGCAAACCAUUCUGAACUUGUGGAUGGCUGUUACUUUUUCCAUUUCAGGAUCCUAAGAAGGUUAUGAGAUAGGGUUUUGGUUAAGUAGCCAUCCACACUUUUUUUUUACCCUUUACCUGGGGAUAGGUGUCCCCGUGUCCAGACCACACUGCUAAACUUCAUCAGGACAAAACUGUUCGGAUACAGGCAAGGCUUUGCUGUGCUGUGUGUCGUGGGUGUCGUCAUUCACCUCUCGUAGUCUGGAGUGUUGCUACAUGUUUGGUGUAUGUGCUGCAGUAAUUAAACUACAGCUGAGUGAUUGUUGUUGUUUAUAGUGUGCACCUUUGAUCCACCCUUAGUCACCACCAGAUAGAACAACCAUGUCUUGAAAAAUAAGAAAAGAAAAGAAUAUACAUGUAAAACACAAAAACCUUAGUUAAUGUGAAUCAAUCUGACCUUAUAUCUGUGCUGGAAAUGUAAUGGAUGCACGUUCAUUCUAUCUUUGAAAUGCACCAACUGUAUCGGGUAUCAUUGCUUCAAAGUAAAGAAGUGUUCAUGUUUUGUUUCCAUGGAGAUGUGUAGUAUGUGAUAAGACUAUGGAUGUACUGGGGCUGGGGGUGCUGGCCUGGCGAGUGGUGCAGCCAGGCGAGAUGGGGCGCCUGCCAGUGGUGCCUUGCUGGGGUCUGUGCUGCAUGCUGGUGCUGCACUAAACUCGAGCACCAAUAAAACUAGAGCAAAUGAUUAGCAUA